GGCAAUGUCUUCAGACUGCUGCACUCCUAACUUAAGCAUUUAUUCCACUGGGAUAGAAGCGGCAGGAGCAGCGUUGGCACCGGCGAACCAUGGCUGGGAUUUUCUAUUUCAUCCUCUUUUCGUUUCUCUUUGGGAUUUGCGACGCUGUCACCGGUUCUAGGGUAUACCCCGCGAAUGAAGUUACUUUAUUGGAUUCCAGAUCUGUUCAGGGAGAGCUUGGGUGGAUAGCAAGCCCUCUGGAAGGAGGGUGGGAGGAAGUGAGCAUUAUGGAUGAAAAAAACACACCAAUCCGAACCUACCAGGUGUGCAACGUGAUGGAAGCCAGUCAGAACAACUGGCUGCGGACUGACUGGAUCACCCGAGAAGGGGCGCAGAGGGUGUAUAUUGAGAUUAAGUUCACCCUGAGAGACUGCAACAGUCUUCCGGGCGUCAUGGGGACUUGCAAGGAGACGUUUAACCUGUACUCCUACGAAUCUGACAACGACAAGGAGCGCUUCAUCAGAGAGAGCCAGUUUGGCAAGAUCGACACCAUCGCGGCCGAUGAGAGCUUCACGCAGGUGGACAUCGGCGACAGAAUCAUGAAGCUCAACACCGAGAUCCGGGAUGUGGGGCCCCUGAGCAAGAAGGGCUUCUACCUGGCCUUUCAGGAUGUGGGUGCUUGCAUCGCCCUGGUGUCUGUCCGUGUCUUCUACAAGAAGUGCCCACUCACUGUUCGAAAUCUAGCCCAGUUUCCAGACACCAUCACGGGGGCCGAUACCUCUUCGCUGGUGGAAGUUCGAGGCUCCUGUGUCAACAACUCCGAAGAGAAGGAUGUGCCAAAAAUGUACUGUGGGGCAGAUGGCGAAUGGCUGGUACCCAUUGGCAACUGCCUAUGCAAUGCUGGGCAUGAGGAGCAGAACGGUGAAUGCCAAGCUUGCAAAAUUGGAUAUUACAAAGCUCUCUCCACGGAUGCCACCUGUGCCAAGUGUCCACCCCACAGCUACUCCGUCUGGGAAGGAGCCACCUCGUGCACCUGUGACCGUGGCUUCUUCCGAGCUGACAACGACGCCGCCUCCAUGCCCUGCACCCGCCCACCAUCUGCUCCCCUCAACUUGAUUUCAAAUGUCAAUGAGACAUCGGUGAACUUGGAAUGGAGCAGUCCCCAGAACACAGGUGGCCGUCAGGAUAUUUCUUACAAUGUGGUCUGCAAGAAAUGUGGAGCGGGUGACCCCAGCAAGUGCCGGCCCUGUGGAAGUGGAGUUCACUACACGCCACAGCAGAAUGGCCUCAAGACGACCAGAGUCUCCAUCACCGACCUCCUAGCACACACCAAUUACACGUUUGAGAUCUGGGCAGUGAAUGGAGUGUCUAAAUAUAACCCUAGUCCGGACCAAUCAGUGUCUGUCACCGUGACAACCAACCAAGCAGCGCCAUCAUCCAUUGCCUUGGUCCAGGCUAAAGAAGUCACAAGAUACAGUGUGGCUCUGGCUUGGUUGGAACCAGAUCGACCAAAUGGAGUAAUCUUAGAGUAUGAAGUCAAGUAUUAUGAAAAGGACCAGAAUGAACGAAGCUAUCGCAUAGUGCGGACGGCUGCUAGGAAUACAGAUAUCAAAGGCCUGAACCCUCUGACUUCCUAUGUGUUCCAUGUGCGAGCCAGGACUGCCGCUGGCUAUGGAGACUUCAGCGAGCCCUUGGAGGUCACUACCAAUACAGUGCCUUCCCGGAUCAUUGGAGAUGGAGCCAACUCCACUGUCCUGCUGGUGUCCGUCUCUGGCAGUGUGGUGCUUGUGGUCAUUCUCAUUGCGGCUUUCGUCAUCAGUCGGAGACGGAGUAAGUACAGCAAAGCGAAACAAGAAGCAGAUGAAGAGAAGCAUUUGAAUCAAGGUGUUAGAACUUAUGUGGAUCCCUUUACCUACGAAGACCCCAACCAGGCAGUUCGAGAGUUUGCCAAAGAAAUCGAUGCAUCCUGCAUUAAAAUUGAAAAAGUCAUAGGAGUUGGUGAAUUUGGAGAAGUCUGCAGUGGGCGUCUCAAAGUGCCAGGCAAGAGAGAGAUCUGUGUGGCCAUCAAGACUCUGAAAGCUGGUUAUACUGACAAGCAGAGGCGGGACUUCCUGAGCGAGGCCAGCAUCAUGGGACAGUUUGACCACCCAAACAUAAUCCACCUGGAAGGCGUUGUCACCAAAUCACCUAUUUACAGUAACACCUGGUUUGACCCUUCCUUCUUUAGCCCAUUAGCGUUCACUGAGCUCAUGAACCACGCUUCAGUUGAAGUACGACACAGCUCAACAGAUGCGUUUUGGGAAGCAAACCCUGUGUACAUCGACGUCUUAAAAGCUUGUCAGUCAACAAGUGGCAAGUGUCAGGAUGGCGGCUGCUCCAGAGAUGACCUGGCGAGAAUUGGCAUCACCGCAAUCACACACCAGAAUAAGAUUUUAAACAGUGUCCAGGCAAUGAGAACACAAAUGCAGCAGAUCCAUGGCAGGAUGGUCCCUGUCUGAGCCAGUACUGAAUAGACUCCAAACUCUUGAAAUUAGUUUACCUCAUCCAUGCACUUUAAUUGAAGAACUGCACUUUUUUUACUUCGUCUUCGCCCUCUGAAAUUAAAGAAAGAAAAAAAAAAUAUCUGCAGCAUUGCUUGGUGUAUGAGAUUGCCGAAACCAUGGGGCUUACAUGAAUGACCUUGAUCAUCAAUCAGAUUUAAACCGGGAGCCAGUAAUUUCUCAGAAGUACUCUGUCCAUCGCUGGUGUGUAUAAAAUACAUGUACUUAUAUAGAUAAAACUCUGCCUCUGAGUUGCGAAGCUGUGUUUCCUGUCACAUGCUGGGGUUUUGAAGUCACUCCUCCCUCUGUUUGGAAUUGCAACCGAAGGAUUUUAUCUGUGGCAUCAACUAUGGUCGUCACUCCUUGCUGGAAUGAAGGAACGCCGCCGUGGCCCAGGAGCAUUGUUGAAGGUGUCUGCCAGGGCUUGGUUCAUACCACGGAAUAAAAUCCAGGUGGAAGCCACGUGACCAAUCUGUGCUGCCUCUUCAGUGCGCAGGACAGCUGGUGGAUUUCUAUGACAUAAGGGGCUAGGAAGAAAAUGAAAAUGGAUUUUUUUUUUUUAAAUGCACACUCCCAAGCCCUAUUACCCCGUGAGUGGACAAAUGAGGUCUCUUUGGGCCUGAGGCUGUGCCAUAUGAAGUCUUAUUUGGGAAUGCUACAAACUUAUCAUAACUACCUUGGCAAUCCUGAGUCAAGAAAUUUCACACUCUCCGUUUUGAAGAGGCAACUCCCAAGUUUACAAGGGAAUAGAUUCUGCUAUCUCAGCCUCACAGCCCUUCCUGUUGAUUACAAACCCCUUGGGGGAAAAAAAAAAAAAAAAACAGAACACACCCUCUUCAGUUCCUUCUGAACAUUUUUCUUUGGCUUCUCUUCUGCCAGUUUUGAGGCAAAGACACUUGAUGAAACACCUGUACCUGAAAAGCAGAAGAAAUGUUUCAAGUCCCCUUCACCCAGGAAAACAGCAACAGCAAGCUUUGGUAUCUGUUUGUUCUCCAGCCACACUGAGGAAUGUGUGGUCUCAAGGCACCAGCUCUGCAGAGCCCUUCCAAACUCCUUGUGGUUUUAUUUAUAUGUAUUUCCAUAUUUCAUUCCUGUACGUCACUGCUGCAUCCGUGUGGCAGCAAGUGACCACAUGUUACAGGUUUCACUAUGGACGCCAGGCCAGGCGCCACCAUGCAGAACAAAGCCAGUUCCGUAAGCUGCCUACGAUAUGCAUUGCUGAAGUAACAUUUUACCCAGGGUGUGCCAUUGCAGUGAUAUAAAUAUAUUUUUUUCCUAGACUAAAAUAUGACCUGAAUAUCUCUUUUGAUGUGUGUACAUAGGUGUGAGUGUGUGUGUGUGGGGGGGGGUGUAUGUAUGGAUGUGCGUGCGUGUGCGUGUAACCUCAUGCUUCGAACUGCCUGUGAAUGUUGUGGAAUGCUACGCCUGGAGAGUUCUGGUUUAUCACCAGUUCAAAGAUAAGAAGAGUCACGUGAUAUAUGGGGCCUGGAGACCAUGCCCAUCCCCUUGGGAAGACAGCUUGGAAACGCUACUCGGUCUGUAUCAGUAAGUGUAAGGUAACUGUCACACUUACCAUCAGAAGCCAUUCUAUGGCUUUGGACAGAUGUGUUUUCACCUCCAGGAUGGAAUGAUUGUUGGAUAUAAACCCACCCAAGGUUGACAGCCCGUCACCACAAUCACGGAUUCUGAUGGGACUGGUCUGACUCGCCAGGUCAACAGUGGAGAGAGAAGGGGAUGGAAUCUGUGGAGCGACCCCAGAUGGAGUACAAGUCGCCUUUGUUUCCCUGCAUAAAUGAACUUGAUGAAUGCAAACAAAUAUAUGCAAUUCAUAUACUUUUGGAGAUGAACUUAAAUAUGUGUGUCAGCCUUGAGAUGAUGUGUCUGGAGUAAUACUUUGUGUCCCAGUGUCACAGAAAAAUACAUACACGCCAGUGGCUCUUGAGGUUAAUGUAGUUGGGUUGAAAUGGCCUCUAGCAAUUCCAGGUUCCCCAAUUACAUAUGGAAAGUUCUCUGGUAAUUAAUAUUCAGCUAACUCCUUUUGCCCUCGAAAGUGCAUCUGUCUUCUAGGGUCCGAGUUCUGGUGUAUGAAGAUUCAGUAUUGACAGAAUACAUAUACCAAACUCCAGCCAGCAUACUGCCAUUACUCAACCUGAGUGGCUGCCUUGCUUAUUCUGAGCUAUGGUUGCAGAAACUGUGGCCAUUUAUAUAAGCUAUAACAUCAAAUCAGGGAAAAAUGAGGGAAAUAAAAAGAUUCUGAACCAUAUAUUGUUGAAUAAAUGGAGAAAAUCACCAAUAAAUAUUUAUUGCAUUCUGACAGGGUGUGUGGCAUUGUCUUCUCAACUAUGCCUGAGUGACAAAGUUAAUUCACCCCUUUUGGGGGGGACCUUAAUAUAUUUUUAAAGGGAUGUGCCUAUGCAUUGAUGCCUGAAAAAUAUGUGUUAAAAAAAAAUGAGGUUGAAUCUCCGAGUGGAUCAUCUUUCCCAGAGGUCAGGUGGGAGGAGGCCAACUUCCGGGUCUGUGUCCAGCCCAGGCACAAGCGCUUGCCUGGUGAGCUGGAAGGCUAAAUUCUAUUCAGAUCUACUCAGCAGCUUCAAGCUGCUCCCUGCACCAAAUCCAGUUGUCUCACCUGUUUGGCAAUCUUAUAAAUGAACUGUUCUGGUGUGUCUGAAAGAGCGGAAGAAAGGUUGUGUUCACAACACGGUUGAUGUGUGUGUUCUGAGACCUCUUGUCUUCAUCUGUGAAGGAUACGUGUAUUAAUCCAUACACUCCUAUAGCCUCAAUUAUUUGUCUGAAGACACAAAUUUUGACCAGUAAAAAAGUUCUAGAAGCAAUAUUUUCACUCCUUUUAGCAUUGUCCAAAUAACAUCGAGAAUUGAUAAAUGCUGAAGAGUGCAUUUAUUUUGUAUUACUCCAAGUCUGUUGGAAUAUGCAAGGACUGUGGUUAUAAUUAGAAUGUAUAAGGCAUAUUAUAAUUUAGUUCAUUCAUCCUGAAAAGGAAAUUAACCGAACAUCUCUUGGUUCAUACAUGUUCCAAAUUUUGAGCAAUCUUUUGAGUUAGCCAUAGAUUUUUCUAUUUUGUUUUCAUUUGUCAAGGCAUUUUUCCUCCCUUCAUGAACUUUAGGUACACAUAACUUAUGUCAUUUAUUUAUGGUCUUUUAUACCUAGUUUGUAAAGUUGUAAAAUAGCAAACUAAAUGCAAAAGAGUUUGCAUUUGAAAGUAAUAAAGUAGUUGCUGUAUACAAA